GUGGAACUCCAAAGAGAUCGUACGUGUAUGCUAAAGUACGGGAAGAUCGGAAAAGAUCUGACUGUAUUCUGUGCUGCGUUUUUGUACUGUGGUAACAUAUUCUACAUGACAAUUCUGCAAUAUGCGAUAGGGUCGCAAAUAGAUGAUAAUAAUCGUACGAUCAGAGUACUAUUGUAUCCUAUGUAUAGCGGCCAUAUCAAUGCCCAACAAAGUCCUGUCUACGAAAUCACGUAUACUCUUCAAUGUUUAUGCUCAAUCAUGAUGAACGCUGUAAUAUGCAGUUGCUGUGGAUUGGCUGCGUUUUUCGCAACACACACCUGCGGACAGAUCGACAUCAUCAUGUCUCAGUUAGACGAUCUGGUUGAAGGGAAAUUUUCCAAGAAAAGUUACAAUUCGGACGCUCGGCUGAUAGAAAUCGUACAACGUCAUACAAAAAUUUUAAAUAAAUCGUUGUCUAUCACUAUUCAAAAACAUGUCACGCGCUAUUGCAGAUUUUCUGCGAUGUUUGAAACGACUCUGCAGGAAGUGUGCCUUUUGGAAUUCGUUGGUACCACGUUUAUAAUAUGCUUGCUCGAGUACUAUUGCAUAACGGACUGGCAACGCGAUAAUAAACUCGGUGUGUUAACGUAUUCCGCGGUACUAACAUCAUUGACAUUUAACAUAUCCAUGUGGUGCUACAUCGGCGAUCUACUGAUAGAAAAGAGUACUAACAUUGGAAUAUCAUGUUGCAUGAUCGAUUGGUAUCGCUUACCGAGUAAGACAACUCGAAGCCUCGUUUUAAUUAUCGCCAUGUCAAGCACUCCGAUGAAAAUUAGCGCCGGAAAGAUAAUUCAUAUAUCUUUGCCUACUUUCGCAAAUGUAGGCAUUUAUAAACAAAAUAAUAUGCGACUGAGAAUUUAUACAAUCUUGUAUCGUCAUUUUCGAGCUGUCCACGAACAUGCACCCCUCCGUUCAGAAUCACACUGAUCAACCGCGAAAUCCAAACUACGAGAAGGAUAUUAUUUAUGUGACAAAGUUCCUGAAAUGGAUACUGAAUUUCAUCGGAAUAUGGCCAGCAAUGUUAAAGGGGAUCGGCAGGUUUUUACCAAAAAUCGUGAUCGGACUGAGUAACUUGGUGCUCGUUUUCUUCGAAGUGCAGUGCGUUCUACACAUCACAUUAGAACAGAAAGACCCUGUGUUAAGAAUGAGGAUCAUAGGAUUGGCUUACUAUUCCUUCAUCUGUCUGCUGAAGAUUGGCUUACUAUUCCUUCAUCUGUCUGCUGAAAUAUUGGGCACUGACAGCGCGCAAAUCGAGAAUCAAAUACUGUAUCGAAGAAAUGAAUACAGACUGGAAGCAGUACGGGAAGAUCGGAAGAGAUCUGACUGUAUUCUGUGCUGUGUUUCUGUACUGUGGUAACAUAUUCUACAUCACAGUUCUGCAGUAUGCGAUAGGAUCGCAAAUAGAUGAUAAUAAUCGUACGAUCAGAGUACUAUUGUAUCCUAUGUAUAGCGGCCAUAUCGAUGCCCAACAAAGUCCUGUCUACGAAAUCACGUAUACCCUUCAAUGUUUAUGCUCAAUCGUGAUAAACGCUGUGAUAUGCGGUUGCUGUGGAUUGGCUGCGUUUUUCGCAACGCACACCUGCGGACAGAUCGACGUCAUCAUGUCUCAGUUAGACGAUCUGGACUGGCAGCACGACAAUAAACUCGGUGUGUUAACGUAUUUCACGGUACUAACAUCUAUGACAUUUAACAUAUCCAUGUGGUGUUACAUCGGCGAUCUACUGAUAGAAAAGAGUACUAGCAUUGGAAUAUCAUGUUGCAUGAUCGAUUGGUAUCGCUUACCGAGUAAAACAACUCGAGGACUCGUUUUAAUUAUCGCUAUGUCGAGCACUCCGAUGAAAAUUAGCGCCGGAAAGAUAAUUUAUAUAUCUUUGCCUACUUUCGGAAAUGUAGGCUUUUAUAAACAAAAUAAUAUGCGACUGAACAUUUUUACAAUCUGGUAUCGGUAA